AUGGCGCCUCCAAGCACAUUCGCAUCCGCCGCCGCGGGCGGCAACACACCCACGACUCCGCGCACUGAUUCGGCCGGAGAAUGGUACACCUUCCGUCGUCCCUCUGUCGCUACUUCGAUGAUGAACUCCAAUGCUAGGGAGUCGACUUCUGGCGCACAACCUGCAGUCUAUGUACCCCCGCAUCGCAAUGGCCCUGCCCACUCGGACACACGCUAUUCCAAGAACCAACUUCUCGAUCUUUACCACAAGCAGAAUGUAGAGGGCUCGCUAGAUGACUCUCUUUCUCCUUUGUUUGUCGCAGGUUGGGAGCCAAACCAGACCAACGGUGUCUCUUUGGGCGGCUGGGGCAGGAGGGACGAACAAGCCAAAGACCACGUUCCUGAUGGCUCUACAGGGCCAUUGGGUCUGGUUGACAUGAAUGAUGAAGAGAAGGAGGACGCUGUCAAUCCACCCAUGCGCAAGAUUUCUGUGUCGCAGAAUGUCAACAGUCCUGGUGCGUUUGGCGUUAGCUCGCCUGGUGGUGCUAGACCAGGUCCUCGACGCCGCGAGACGCAGGAGGCCUAUCCGUUCCCCUCGAGCUCGCAACUCAACUCGCCUUCUGUUGUCAAGACUUCGCGUGUCGAUUCCCGUCCCAAUUCUCCCCCUCCCUCUCUGACUAGGAGAAGGACUGACUUCAAGGAUACGGGCGACUCGUCGGAUGAAAAGCCUUCCGUCGAUGCCACUGAUGCGGCUCGUCUGCCGUUCUCUGGCCUCAAACGUACUGUCACCGGUCCUCUGAACACGGCAGUCGGCGGCGGAUCAUCACCAUGGUCUGCUACUCCACAGAGCGCUGGUUUCUCGCCAAUGGGAGCCUUUGGCAAUUUUGCUAUCAACUCAAACGCUAGUGUGGGCACUCCAACUACAGACAAACGUCCUGGACUGGCUGGUGGCAGGGCCGAAAGCCGUUUCAAGGGACUCAUGGCUAAGGACAAUGAUGAUGCCAACCGUGGUUUCGGUACGCCCAGCCGUCAGGACUCGCGUGAUGAUUUCGGCCAUGGUGCUUUUGGCAUGACGUCGGAUCCUUUCCGUACUCUGAUGGGCCAUCAGCAAGAUCAACCUCAUGGUCGUGCUCAGCAGCAGCAUCAGCCAACUGGUAACGAUGCGAUGAGCCCUUCGGACACCAACCCUUACCAUAGUCCCGAGCACGUGCCUGCUGAUCUCGACGAUGCUGAUGACGACGCAUCUGAUCUUCACAAUGCCCAUCUACCCAACUUGGGUGGCAUUAUGAAUGACUCCAUGCCUUCUGGUGCUGGAGCUUUCCAUGGGCUCGGUAACCUAGGACGUGUCCCAGCAGCUCCACCAAGCGAUCGUAGCCAGACAUCUAGCGUUGGCCCGAAUAGAGGCUUUGGUGGCUUCUCUGGUCUGGGUGCCCUUCCUGGUCUCGGAGGCGCUUCCGCUUGGGGUGGCACUCAAGCGUCAAUUGGUACUCCUAUUAGGGACAGGGCCGCUAUGGCUGGCAACUUUGGUGAUAACCCCUUCGGCUCAUCCGCCGACUUGGGAUCUCCCAGCCUUGCUGCUUUGAGCGGUCUGGGAGCAUUUGGCGCUCAGCCUGGUCAAAGCCGUGGUGGAAGUCGACUAGGCUCUCUUUUCCCGACCAGCGUACAGGACCAGCGUGCCGACCAUGGUCGACAAGACGAAGAUGACGCCGGCUCGGGAGACUUCGCAAACCCGCCUCGCGACACGUCUAGUCCUUUCAGACGUACUGCCGAUGUUUCUGGUGCUUUCGCUGAUCAAGACCGCAACACCGAGACGUCUAAUCAGGAGCCCAUUGGCCAACGCCCCGCUCAACCCUCUGCCUCCAUGCAGGCUCAGGCUGUCAGCAGCUCUGCAUCUAACCAACCACCUCCAGCUCAGCAGAAGACCAUGGUCAUGCCCGACCGCAUGAGGUGGAUUUACCGUGAUCCUCAGGGAGUCACUCAAGGUCCGUGGUCGGGCUUGGAGAUGCACGACUGGUAUAAGGCCGGUUUCUUCUCCCCUGAGUUGCUUGUCAAGAAGUAUGAGGAUCCCGAGUAUGAACCAUUGGCCCAGUUGAUCCGCAGAAUUGGAAAUUCACGCGAGCCAUUCCUGGUUCCUCAGAUCGGCAUCCCUCAUGGCAACCCUACUGUUCCACAACCUCCGGCUAACUGGACCAACCCUCUAUCUUCAGGAGGAGCCCAGCCACCUUUCGCUAACAGCUUCCCCAGCUUUGGAACCACUCUGACUGCUGACCAGCAAAAUGCCCUCGAACGUCGCAAACAAGAAGAACAAUACUUGAUGGCUCGCCAGAAGGAGCAUCUUGCCCAGCAGCAGUUCGCCCAGCGCUUCCAGGCACAAACUGGUCAGCUGCUGUUCCCUCAGCUGCACCAUCAGUCCAGUGUCCAGAGCUUGCACAGCCAGCAAAGCUUUGGCAGUCUCAGUUCGCCUGCACCUCCAUUCCCGCCUGCUCCUCUCCAGAGCACCUUCGGUAGUACUGGCGCUAGUGGCAGCGGUCAUGUUCCUGGCUUCUUUGACAAUUCAUUCAGGACUGCUGGUCCACUCGGCGGUCUUGGUGCUAUUGGUGCUGGAGUCGAUGCGCUCGGCAACAUCAGAGAAGAAGACAUGUCAGGCAUGGUCAACAGACUGAACCUCGGACGAUCGACUCAGGGAAACUUUGGCGGUAUUGGCCAGCCAUUCCCUCAAUCCGAAGAGCAACGUCGCAUUUCUACCAUGCUUGAUGACCGCUCUCGUCUCGAGCAGCAGCAGGCACAACAUGAUGCUGCACACCGAUUCCAGCACGACCAGCCUGCAAGAAAUGAGCAGUUUGAGCAGUUCCAAACCCUGCAAGAGCAUGCCAGAUCCGACCCAUUCGGCGUCGGUUCGGAAGCUCAAUCCCCUGAACAGACCCAGUCGGAGUACGAAGCUCAGUAUGAGGAAGAGGCCCAAGCGCUUGCACAGCACGAGGAGGCUGCUGCCGCCGUUGCUGCUGCCCAAACCAAGCAGGAACCUUCUUUGACAGAACAAGUACAGAAGGCUGCAUCUGUUAAGCAAUCUCCUGCCCCUGCUUCGUCCCCGUGGGCCAAGGUCGAUACUUCUCUGCCUCAACCCUUCCCUCCUGCACCAUCUCAGUCUCCUCUGCCUGCUCCUGCUGCCCAGCGUAACAGAUCUCAUGUCGCCGAUGCACUCCACGCCGAUGCUUCAGUUGCUCCUUGGGCCAAGGAGCCUGCUGAGUCUUCUAGAGGACCUUCUCUCAAGGAGAUCCAGGAAGCCGAGGCUAAGGUGGCUGCUGAGGCCGAAGCACUUGCCGCUGAAGCUCGCCGCGUUGCUUUUGAGAAAGAGCUCGCUCAAGUUCAGCUGUCCACUGCACCUGCACCUGGUCUCCCAUUGACUUCCAACUGGGCAAGCAGCGCCACUGCAUCACCUGCUACUGGAACUGCUCCUUCGCCCUGGGCUAAGGCCGCAAAGACAGUGGCUGCUCCCACUACCGCCAAGAGCAUGGCACAGAUCCAGAAGGAGGAGGAAGCUCGCAAGAAGCGUCUCGCAGCCGCCGCCGCAGCCACACAGGCCGCAGCAGCUGUUGGCGUUACUCCUGUCCAGCAGUCUGCUGGUGGCAAGAGAUAUGCCGAUCUCGCCAGCAAGGUGGCAUCGUCGCCUGCUCCUGCUAGCCCUGUUCCUGGCAUUGGAGGUGCUUGGACUACUGUCGGUGCAAGUGGCAAGGUCAAGACUCCUCUGCCUGCCCCCACCCCUGUCAGCACCAGAGCUGUUAGCUCCACUGUACUCCCUACUGUGGCAGCUGUCAAGAAGACCGUUCCUGCUAGAGCCACCGUUGGACCUUCUGCCGUCAACGCCAUUGAUGAGUUUAAGAAGUGGGCUGUAAACGAACUCAAGCACGAUCUUAACAAGAGCGUGACUGCCGUGCACAGUGUCUCGCACACCAUCGACUCACGCCACUUUGCAGAAGAAUUCAUCCGUCGUCGCAAACUCGCCGACAAAGGUCUUGUGGACACGACCAAACCCGCCAGUCCUGCUGCUGCUGCAUCGCAGGCGGGAGGUUGGAGCGAGGUUGCCAAGAAGAAUGCGGCAUCGCUGCCGAAACAGGAACCAAAGGAUGAGUUGAACAAUGGCAGUUUCAAGGUUGUGCCGAACAAGAAGAAGGGAGGUAAGAAGUAG